AUGGCCACAGUAAUGAGCCAAGUGAAAAAGCUUGAAGUUUCUGUGCUGGUUUUAGGUCAGAAGAAACCCUCCCCACUACUCAAUUGCUUUUGUUUCAGAAGCAAGACAGAUGAAUUUGUGGAAGAAUGCAUAAAUACAUUGGAGUGCUUAACAAUUGGAGUCAGAAAACAGAGCAAUGGAGUUGGUGGGUACCUUAUCAGCACCAGAUGGCACAAGAAUUUCUGGCUUCUGGCUUAA